AUGAAUUGAUUCAUCUGCUGCAACAGAAAAUCAAUUUUGAGGCGCACCGCAUAACAAUGGCUACUAAUAAUUAUUACCCCUCUUCUUACUAUUGCAGCCUCCACCACAGUUUCGACCCCUCUUCUUCUCCUUCAUCUUCCUCCGCCGCCGCCGCUCUAUUCCGUCGCCCUCCUCCCAACAAGGUUCCUAGACUUUUGGGCAAUUCGAGGAGGGUUGAUCUGGUACGCCAGACCUCAUGGCAUCACCGUGGAAUUCGUUUGCCUGGUGGUUCCCCUUCUCCAGGUAUAAAGGCGGUUACUGUGCCUGAUCCAGCUUUGGAGUUCCCUCUCACAGAAGAAAAUAUAGAGUGUGUGUUGGAUGAAAUUCGCCCUUAUCUCAUAGCAGAUGGGGGCAAUGUUGCACUGCACGAGAUAGACGGAAAUGUGGUUAAGUUGAAAUUACAAGGAGCGUGUGGCUCCUGCCCUAGUUCUGUCACAACGAUGAAAAUGGGAAUUGAGCGCCGUCUGAUGGAGAAAUUCCCUCAAGUUGUUGCCGUCGAGUCAAUACCAGAUGAAGAAACUGGCCUUGAGCUAAAUGAAGAAAACAUCGAAAAGGUACUCGAAGAAAUAAGACCUUACCUUGUUGGAGCUGCUGGUGGAGAUUUAGAGCUAGUAGCAAUCGAUGAACCAAUAGUUAAAGUGCGAUUAAGUGGUCCUGCAGCUGGUGUAAUGACUGUUCGAGUGGCUGUGACUCAGAAACUCCGAGAAAAAAUUCCAUCAAUCGCAGCGGUACAGCUUUUGUCAUAAAAUAUCAAUCAAAUAUCUCGUAAUCUAUUAAAAAGAAAAGGAAAAAAAGAUCUCUUAAUGUCAAGUAUAGGCUUUUAAUUGUAUACUUCUUGAAGCAACAGGUUGCUAGAAGGAUACAAGAAGUAUACUUACGUUUGAUGUAUCCACUUCUAUAUAUAACUCGAUGCAGUGUACAUAUUUGUGUGAGCCUCAUUCUUUCAUGUUGUUUCAAUGUGUUUUUCGUUUCGGGAACUAUUCCUAUUUUUCCGUUCCAAUAUAUUCAGACAGCUUGAUGGGACGUCUGGAUGGUGAGUUCAAGUCAAUUUGAAGUGUAUGUUGUACACAGAUCUAACAUUCAUCUACAUCAAUAUCGACGUGCAUUUUUUGUGAA